AUGGCCCUGUCCCCGGGACAUGUUGCCAGCCAGCUACGGCAUCUCAUUUACUACAACCUUGACAAUAAUCUAAUUCGAAAUGCACUCUUCCUCGCCGCGCGCCUUUAUGCCUUGGAACCGCGAUCAUUUGAGGCUCAAUAUCUGCUCGCCCUCUGUCACCUACACAAUGGAGAAGUGAAAGCUGCGUUUGAUGUCAGCCAGGUCUCAGGCUCGCGCGGACUGCAUGCCGGCUGCGCCUACGUGUAUGCCCAAACGUGUCUCGACUUGGGAAAGCACUUGGAGGGUGUGGGGGCUCUGGAGGACAGCAAAAAUCUCUGGAUCUCCAAGAACAACUGGAAUAAACACAGCGAAACCCGACGACAGCACCUUCCCGAUGCAGCAGCCGUGUACUGCCUGCAAGCCAAACUUUGGCACGCGCACAAGGAUCUUACAAAAGCAGUGGACUGCUAUGUCGAGUCACUCAAACUGAAUCCCUUCAUGUGGGAUGCAUUCACGGGACUGUGUGAGACUGGUGUCAAUAUUCGAGUACCAAAUAUCUACCAACUGAGUCCAGAACUGCUUGCAAUCAUCUCUUCACUGCCCGAAGAAGCAGAUACCGGGUCUGAUAACCUUGGGUCUGAAGAUACCCCCGGGUCUAUGCAGCCUCCUGGGAACCCCGAAUCUGACCCAUUCAUGGUGUCUGCAUCCCGUGCCGAGCCCGAGACAACUUACGGGAGCUCUUCUCUUUGGCAAAAGCUAAAUGGAAACUCUGGUAAUGUUCCGACAAUCGCACAGCCAGUUUUCCAAGACGGAAUGGAGACACCAGGCGGACAAAGCAGUGGUUCUGAAGAAUUCCGCAUCGCCAACGGAGUCACUGACCCAGAUUCUACAUGGGAUGCACCAUUAGCCCCGAACCGCAAAACACGCACGAUUCAGACGAUGAGCCUUGAUCAUACAGGGCAGGCCCCGCCUCGGAUGCGUCCAACGGGUAUCAGACCAAGGCACAAGACACGAACGGAGCCAGAUGGUCAACCAUCAGCACCGAUCGAGAGGGAACCAACCCUCACCUCACGAUUUGGCGAUCGCAAGCGUACAGUUUCUGGACAGGUCGCGCAUCCCCUUCCCCCAUCACAACCCACUGAACCGGGUGCGCCCCAGCGCCGAAGCGUUCGCCUAUUCAAUCAGAUCAAACCCACCACCAGCAAGCUUUCAAAUGGCCCACUCACUGGGAGGGAUGGUCGCGAAAUGAAGAAGCUACGAGGGGUACCCACGAAGCCGCGCACAGGCACUGUGCCCACAGUUGGCCGUGUCGUAAGUGGCAAUCGGAAACCCAUUGAAACACCCGACAACGAUGGUAAAGAGCAUCGUAAUGGGCCAACACAAAACUAUUAUCCCAUUCCUCCAUUGCCCAAGAACGCCGAACAAACAAGAGACAUGGAGGCUUUAGAUUGGCUCCUCGGUCUGUUCAACAAACUGGCCUCGGGGCAUUUUGCAUUGAGCCGGUACAAGUGCCACGAAGCCAUUGUCUCCUUCAAUAGCCUCUCAACAGGGCAACGUGAAACACCGUGGGUGCUUUCUCAACUUGGCCGGGCCCAUUUCGAGCAGGCAAACUACACCGACGCUGCGAAAUAUUUCGCCCGAGUCCAGAAACUAGCCCCCUCGCGCAUUGAGGACAUGGAAAUCUACUCAACUGUCCUGUGGCAUUUGAAGAAUGAGAUUGAAUUGGCUUACCUGGCGCACCGGCUGCUUGAGACUGAUCGGUUGUCCCCUCAGGCAUGGUGUGCCAUUGGUAAUUCUUUCUCUCACCAGCGGGAUCACGAUCAAGCAUUGAAGUGCUUCAAGCGUGCGACAAUGAUUGAUCCAGAAUUUGCCUACGCCUUUACGCUACAAGGGCACGAGUACGUCGCCAAUGAAGAAUACGACAAGGCUCAGGCAGCUUAUCGUGAUGGUAUCAAUGCGGACAACCGACACUACAAUGCGUGGUAUGGACUUGGUACCGUGUAUGAUAAGAUGGGCAAAUGGGACUUCGCCGAGCAGCACUUCCGUAAUGCAGCCAACAUUAACCCAACGAACGCAGUGCUCAUUUGCUGCAUUGGCUUGGUCUUGGAGAAAAGGAAAAAUCCCCAGGACGCCCUGGCUCAUUACAGCCGAGCCUCCUACAUAGCUCCGAACUCGGUCCUAGCUAAAUUCCGCAAGGCCCGUGUGCUCAUGCAACUACGGGAGUACCACCUUGCCUUGGUCGAGUUGAAUGCCCUCAAGGACAUGGCACCAAAUGAAGCAAACGUGCACUACCUGCUUGGUAAGCUGCACAAAAUGCUCCACGACAGGUCCUCCGCUGUGAAGCAUUUCACCGCGGCCUUGAACUUGGAUCCUAAGGCUGCACAAUACAUCAAGGACGCAAUGGAGUCAUUGGACGAUGACGAUAUGGAGGACGAGGACAUAGCGUAG